AGCUGGCGCUGCUCUGCUCCUGCCAGUGAGGCUGUGAAUGACUGAGCAGCAAGCGAGGAAACCGCCGCCGUCGCCGCAGCAGCCCAGAACCGCUCGCACCUGGAGGCUGCCCGCGGGAGAGGCGGGCGGAGGGAGCCGAGGGGCGCGCCCAGCAGCCCCCUGCGGGCCAGCGUUUGGUGGCGCUCACGUCUUGGCAGGAGCCGAGAGUCCCCACCUGCCUGGAGCAGCCCGGAGAUGCUGAGGCUGCGCUGGGAGUCGGCGGUGCUCCUGCUGGGGGUCGGGACCCUCCUGGCCGCUAAAGUGAACAAACACAAGCCAUGGAUAGAAACUUCCUAUCACGGAGUCAUUACUGAAAACAACGAUACUGUCAUUUUGGAUCCUCCUCUUGUUGCUUUGGAUAAGGAUGCUCCUGUUCCCUUUGCAGGCGAAAUCUGUGCUUUUAAAAUCCAUGGACAGGAAAUGCCCUUUGAAGCUGUUGUGCUAAACAAGACAUCUGGAGAAGGUCGUCUCCGAGCAAAAAGUCCAAUUGACUGUGAACUGCAGAAGGAGUACACAUUUAUCAUCCAGGCAUACGACUGUGGAGCGGGACCUAGUGGAACAAACUGGAAGAAAUCUCACAAGGCAGUGGUCCAUAUCCAGGUGAAGGAUGUUAAUGAGUUUGCACCUACCUUCAAAGAGACCUCGUAUAAGACCACAGUGACAGAGGGAAAGAUCUAUGACAGUAUACUGCAGGUGGAAGCCGUGGAUGAGGACUGUUCUCCACAGUACAGCCAGAUAUGCAAUUAUGAAAUUGUCACCCCGGAUGUUCCUUUUGCCAUUGACAGAAAUGGUAAUAUUAGAAACACCGAGAAGCUGAACUACGAUAAACAGCACGAGUAUGAGAUAAUGGUAACUGCUUUUGACUGUGGACAAAAACGUGCAACAGAAGAUGUCUUAGUACAAGUUGAUAUCAAACCAGUGUGCAAACCAGGCUGGCAAGACUGGAACAAGCGUAUUGAGUAUAAGCCUGGCUCUGGCAGCAUACCUUUGUUUCCCAGCAUUCAUCUGGAAACCUGUGAUGGACCUGUUUCCUCAAUCCAGACCACUAUUGAAUUGCAAACCAAUUACAUUGGCAAGGGUUGUGACCGAGAGACAUACUCUGAGAAAUCACUGCAAAAAUUAUGUGGAGCAUCCUCAGGUGCCAUUGACUUAUUACCCACUCCUAGUCCAGCAACUAACUGGACAGCUGGGCUUCUGAUAGACAACAAUGACAUGAUUUUUAAAUUUGAUGGAAAACAAGGAGCCAAAAUUCCUGAUGGAAUAGUACCAAAGAAUUUAACUGAUCAAUUCACUAUCACUAUGUGGAUGAAACAUGGACCUAGUCCAGGACUGAGAGCUGAAAAAGAAACCAUUCUUUGCAACUCUGACAAGACAGAAAUGAAUCGGCACCAUUAUGCACUUUAUGUGCACAACUGUCGUCUUGUGUUUCUGCUGCGUAAAGAUUUUGACCAGGCUGAUACAUUUCGCCCAGCAGAGUUCCACUGGAAGCUGGAUCAGAUUUGUGAUAAAGAAUGGCACUACUACGUCGUCAAUGUUGAGUUUCCUGUGGUUACCUUAUAUAUGGACGGCACGACGUAUGAGCCUUACCUUGUGACAAAUGAUUGGCCUAUCCAUCCAUCACACAUAGCCAUGCAGCUAACUGUUGGUGCUUGCUGGCAAGGAGGGGAAGUCGCUAAGCCCAGAUUUGCUCAGUAUUUCCAUGGCAGCCUUGCCAGUCUCACUAUCCGUCCAGGCAAAAUUGAAAGUCAGAAAGUGAUUUCCUGUUUGCAGGCCUGCAAGGAAGGUCUGGAUAUUAAUUCUCUUGAGAGUCUUGGCCAAGGAAUAAAGUAUCACUUCAACCCUUCCCAGUCAGUCCUUGUCAUAGAAGGAGAUGAUAUUGAGAAUAUAAAUCAAGCUCUCCAAAAGGUCUCAUAUAUCAACUCUAGACAGUUCCCUACCGCGGGCGUACGGCUUCUUAAAGUCUCGUCUAAAGUCCAGUGUUUUGGUGAAGAUGUCUGCAUUAACAUCCCAGAUAUAGAAGCCUAUGUAAUGGUGUUUCAGGCCAAUGAGCCCAAGAUCACAAUAAGUGGAAUGGACCACUUUGCUAGACCAGCUACGCAAUUUGAAAGUGAAAGAGGAGUGACUCUGUUACCAGAUAUCAGAAUUGUCAGCACAGUCACCAAAGUGGAACAUUCUGUGGACUUUAAAGAAAAUGAUGGAGUCCAUAAGCCAGUUGUGUUAGAGGAAAUGGUUCACAACCUGGAUUUCUGUGACAUUUUGGUCAUUGGUGUGGAACUAGAUCCCAGACAGGAGUGUUUAGAACUGGAUCGUAAGGAGCACCAAGGAAAACAUCUAGAUGCCACCAACUCCACAGCAGGGUAUUCUAUCUAUGGUGUGGACACAAUGAGAAACUAUGAACUGGUGCUUCGACAGGUUCGAUAUCGCAAUUGGCACACUUUCAACAUCUUUGAUAGAAAGUUCAGGAUCAAGUGCUCAGAGCUGAAUGGCCGAUACACCAGUAAUGACUUUAACUUGGAGGUCAAUAUCCUACACAACUCGAACUCUAAUUUUAUGGAGCAUGUAAAUCACAUGGUAAUACAGCCACCGUUUCUCCAGUCUAUCCAUCACCCAGAAGAAAACAUAAACAGCAUUCCUGGCUCAGUUGUUCCAAGCGUGGCUACUAUUGUUAUAAUAAUCUGUGUCAGCAUACUAGUCUUCAUCAUAGCCUUGGGCAUCUACAGAAUUCGGACUUCUCAUCAGCCCAGCUCUACAGAAAAUGAAGGAAGUAAAGAAAAUGAAAUGGAUUGGGAUGAUUCUGCUCUAACCAUUACUGUCAACCCCAUGGAGAAAUAUGAAGAGCCUCACCAUGUAGAAGAGGAGAGUGAGGAGGAGGAGGUAGAAGAGGAGGAAGAUACAACCAGUGAUGAAUCAGGUGAAAGUGAAGAAGAGGAGGAGGAAGAAGAAAUUGGAAAUGCGGGAGACAAACAGAAUGCCACCAGGCAAGAGCAGUUGGAGUGGGAUGAUUCAACACUCCCUUACUAGAACCUGCCAGUCCUAUUGCUCCUUUUGUAAACAGCAAUACAAUUUAUUUCUGAGUCAAGUUAAUUUCUGUCUAUGAAUUAACUGACAGGAUUUGAAUUUAUUGCCUAAAAUAGAUAUAGUUCUAUUGCCCAAAUUGAUAUCGUUGUAUCAGUUGCUAUUGAUAGAAUUGUCCCUUUCCUUACAAUGCCUUGUGAAAUACAGGGUACCAACUUUAAUGUCCUCUAUGGUAAUGACACUAGUCUGGAGCUUGGUCUGUCAAUUUAGUCCCUCAAUUUCCAGUUUCUGUUCCAAAUAAUCCAAUAAAAGUCCUGUCACUCAA